AUGUCAAACAAAGGCCUUGAAGCUAUUCUUAGCGGUUGUCCUAACCUUGAAUCACUUGACCUACGACAGUGCAACGACAUUUGGCUCAACGAAGACUUGAGUAACAGAAUUUCUCGACAGAUUAAAGAUGUGAAGCACCCUCAUGAUUCUUUGGAUGGUCUUAAAGUUUCAUUUGAGUAUGAGGAUGGAAUUGAUGAGUAUAGCGAGCUUGGUGACACGUCUGAUGAUGACUAUAGCGAGUUUGGUGACACUUCUGAUGAUGACUAUAGCGAGCUUGGUGACACGUCUGAUGAUUACUAUAGCAAGCUUGGUGACACGUCUGAUGAUGACUAUAACGAGCUUGGUGACACAACUGAUGAGGACUCUGGUUUUUGA